GCUUCUCCCUAGUUCUAUUGGAUUCUGCGGACGUUUCACUUCUCUUUCCGGCGAGCUGCGACGGGAAAACCCUAGAUAUUCCGACGCCUGAAAAUGCAGCGAAACGAAGGCGUUCAGUUCACUUCGUCUUCCCUCAAGAUCCCCGUCUUCUCUCCAAAGCCCUCUCCCUCGCAAACCCUAGUUCCGCAACUGACCAGAACUCAUGAAGGCGUUCGGUUCGCUUCGUCUUCCCUCAAAAUCCCCUUCUUCUCGCCAAAGCCAUCACUUCCGCAAGCCCUAGCUUCGCAACUGGCCAGAACUCGUAACUCUCUCACUCAGCUCAUCAGUUCAAUUGUAACUCGGGCUAAUGGCAGCAAACGUUCCAGCAUUGGCUCGACUGAGAAAUCAAUUGUUUUAUGUUCCACAUCGAUGAGUCUGGCUGGCUUCCCUGAUGCGACGCAAUCUGUUAUGGAGGUACCGCAGAAGGGGCCUUCUUCUAGUAGACAGGAGGAGAGGGUUCUGAUUAGUGAGGUUCUAGUGAGGAACAAGGAUGGCGAGGAGCUUGAGAGGAAGGACCUGGAAAUGGAAGCAUUGACGGCGUUGAAGGCGUGCCGGGCAAACUCCGCACUCACAGUCCGAGAGGUUCAGGAGGACGUGCACCGGAUCAUCGAUAGCGGCUACUUCUGCUCGUGUAUGCCCGUGGCUGUUGACACACGGGAUGGAAUCAGAUUGGUUUUUCAGGUAGAACCAAAUCAGGAGUUUCACGGGUUAGUUUGCGAGGGAGCUAAUGUUCUUCCUACAAAGUUCCUGCAGGAUUCUUUUCGUGAAGCAUAUGGAAAGGUAGUUAAUCUCAAGCGUUUAGAUGAAGUAAUGACUUCCAUCAAUGGGUGGUACACGGAGCGUGGUCUCUUUGGCUUGGUUUCUGGGGUUGAGCUUCGUUCUGGAGGUAUUAUAAGAUUACAAGUUGCUGAAGCAGAAGUUAAUAAUAUUUCCAUACGUUUCCUUGACAGAAAAACUGGUGAACCAACCAAAGGGAAGACUAAGCCUGAAACAAUACUCAGGCAGCUCACGACAAAAAAGGGGCAGGUUUACAGUAUGAUUCAGGGAAAAAGAGACGUGGACACUGUGCUAACUAUGGGAAUCAUGGAAGAUGUUAGCAUCAUUCCCCAACCAGCAGGAGAUACUGGUAAGGUUGAUUUGAUAAUGAAUGUUGUUGAACGUCCAAGUGGAGGUUUUUCUGCUGGUGGUGGAAUAUCAAGUGGGAUUACAAGUGGCCCUUUAUCAGGACUCAUUGGUAGCUUUGCAUACUCUCAUAGAAAUGUUUUUGGGAAAAACCAAAAAUUUAAUAUUUCCUUGGAGAGGGGCCAAAUUGACUCAAUAUUUCGCAUAAACUACACGGUCCCUUGGAUUGAAGGAGAUGACAAACGGACAUCUAGAACAAUAAUGGUUCAGAAUUCAAGAACCCCUGGCACACUGGUGCAUGGAAACGAGCCUGGCCAGAGCAGUCUGACUAUUGGCCGAGUGACAGCUGGUCUAGAAUAUAGUCGACCAAUCAGACCAAAAUGGAGUGCAACAGUGGGACUCAUUUUUCAGCGUUCUGGGGCUCGUGAUGAAAAUGGCGAUCCAAUUAUCAAGGACUACUUCGGUAGCCCAGUUACUGCCAGUGGUAAGACUCAUGACAAUAUGUUACUGCUUAAACUUGAGAGUGUCUAUACUGGUUCUGGUGACCAAGGGUCUUCAAUGUUUGCAUUUAAUAUGGAACAAGGAAUUCCUGUUUUUCCUGAGUGGCUGUUCUUCAAUAGAGUCAAUGCUCGUGGCAGAACAGGUAUAGAAAUUGGUCCUGCCCGUCUCCUUGUAAGUUUGUCUGGUGGUCACGUGGUAGGAAAUUUUGCUCCUCAUGAAUCAUUCGCUAUUGGUGGAACAAACAGUGUGAGAGGCUAUGAAGAAGGUGCUGUAGGCUCUGGUCGAUCUUAUGUUGUUGGCUCUGGUGAAGUUUCUUUCCCUGUGGGUGGCCCAGUGGAAGGAGUAAUAUUUGCAGAUUAUGGAAGUGAUCUUGGGUCAGGUUCAACUGUGCCUGGUAUGGUUCUUGUCUUUCAUCUCUGAAUCCUUUUUCACUCUAGCUUUUUCUUAUGGUGAAUAAAAGAAGAAUGGUGGAAGGACAGAAUGGAGUGUUUUGUUUUUUAUUCUCUUCAAGUUGAUGAUGUUCAAUAUGGAAUUGAUAUUAUAACGAAAGGUUCAUACUUAUCUAACUCCAUGCCGUCACCCCUUUCUCUCUAAUAUAUAUAUAUAUAUAUAUAUAUAUAUAUAUGUAUAUGUAUUUAAUUAGGUGAUCCUGCUGGGGCAAGGCUAAAGCCUGGAAGUGGAUAUGGAUAUGGCUUUGGCAUCAGAGUGGAUUCACCGUUAGGGCCAUUGCGUCUUGAAUAUGCAUUUAAUGACCGGCAAGCAAAGAGGUUUCACUUUGGAGUUGGUUAUCGAAACUAAGGGUCUCUGCAACCUUUUAUUCUCAGAUGCCAGUUGCUUCUUGCUAUUUCUUGAAUUGAUGCACAAGUUUAUUCCUUCAUUGCAAAUACCUCCCAUUUCCAGCAAUUAAGGUAAAUUUUUUUUUAUGGCCUUUAAUGCAAGAUGUUUAAAAGGGCUUUUGCGGCUACAAUCUAUGGUUUAUGAAGGGAAAGAAGAGCAUUAUAUUCAAGGAUCAAGGUGAACGUCAGAAUUCUGAAAAUGUAAUUGUUGGAUUUUGCAAUUCUUGAGGUUUAUUUUUGGUUGUUGAUUCAUUUUGAGUCCACAGAAUUUUCCCCAAGGAUGCCUUGGUGUAGCAUAAGUACUCACAUGAGAUUAGUGGAAUAUAAUUUCUUUCCCUUC